UUCCAUCCGGGUCCCGUAGCCUCGUUCCCGGGCCGUAUAAAGUUCGCCGGCCCCUUUGUUCGUUCUCAUUGCGUAGUUGCGUCUCUCCUCUUUUCGUUGUCUAGGGUUCGGGGGCCUUGGAGACCGAGGGGGGCUACAACGCGUGCGUACAGAGUCACUUUUAGAGCGCGUGGUCGCGGCGGCGGGAAGCCAGAAGUAGCCGGAAAGUCCAGCGUCCUCUUUUUGCCCCUCCUGCCUAAUCGGUGCGUAGGAGAUGCCCAGCGGGAGGCUUUCGCUGCAUUCCCCCCAGUUAGAAUAUAACAAAACCAGAAUGGUUGAAGCAGAUCGUCCGGGGAAACUGUUCGUAGGUGGACUAAAUACUGAAACAAAUGAGAAGGCUCUUGAAGCUGUAUUUGGGAAAUAUGGGCGAAUAGUGGAAGUACUGCUGAUGAAAGACAGGGAAACCAGCAAAUCGAGGGGGUUUGCUUUUAUUACUUUUGAAAGCCCUGCUGAUGCAAAGGAUGCUGCCAGAGACAUGAAUGGGAAGCUCCUGGAUGGAAAAUCAAUUAAAGUUGAACAAGCUACUAAGCCAACCUUUGAAAGUGGUGGUAGACGAGGGCCACCACCUCCACCAAGAAGCAGAGGCCCUCCAAGAGGCCUUAGAGGAGGAGGAAGAGGAGGAAGUGGUGGAGGAACAAGAGGACCACCCUCACGUGGAGGACAUAUGGACGAUAGCGGAUAUUCUCUUAACUUCAACAUGGGGUCUUCCAGGGGACCUCUUCCAGUAAAAAGAGGCCCACCACCACGUAGUGGUGGGGGUCCUCCGCCUAAAAGAUCUGCACCUUCAGGGCCAGUGCGCAGCAGUAGUGGAAUGGGAGGAAGAGCUCCAGUGUCACGUGGGAGAGACAACUAUGGAGGUCCACCCCGAAGGGACCCAAUGCCAUCCAGAAGAGAUGUUUAUAUGUCACCAAGAGAUGAUGGUUAUAAUACUAAGGACAGCUAUUCAAGCAGAGAUUAUCAAAGUUCGCGAGACAACAGAGAUUAUGCUCCACCUCCAAGAGAUUAUGCUUACCGUGAUUAUGGUCAUUCCAGUUCACGUGACGAUUAUCAAUCUAGAGGCUACAGUGAUCGUGAUGGCUAUGGUGGUCGUGAUAGAGACUAUUCAGAUCACCCCAGUGGAGGUUCCUAUAGAGAUUCGUAUGAGAGUUAUGGUAACUCACGUAGUGCUCCACCUGCUCGAGGGCCCCCUCCAUCUUAUGGUGGAAGCAGUCGCUAUGAUGAUUACAGCAGAGAUGGAUAUGGUGGAAGCAGAGAAAGUUACUCAAGCAGCCGAAGUGAUAUCUACUCAAGUGGUCGAGGAGAUCGUGUCGGUCGACAAGAUAGAGGGCUUCCGCCUUCUAUGGAUAGGGGAUACCCUCCUCCACGUGAUUCAUACAGCAGCUCAAGCCGCGGAGCACCAAGAGGUGGCCGUGGAGGAAGCCGGUCUGAUAGAGGAGGAGGCAGAAGCAGAUAUUAAAAAGAAAAAGCUAAAUUUUUGGACCAAAACCCCCUUUCAAAAAAAAAAAAAAAAAAAAAAAAAAACAAAGCAAGUGGAGCUUGUUCUAUCUUUACUACCAGAGGACUGCUAAAAAGGAAACAAAAUUUGUUUUUCCUUUUUUUCUAUUGCCUGUUAAGUUCCCCUCCAUGAUUUUUAUGCUUUUAUGAAGAACAAGUUAAAGCAAUGUUUAAUUUCAUUUCAGAUUUGUUUUCUUUCCAAAAGACAGAUGUUAAAUGUGUGAAAUUUGAGCUCUGUGUACCAGUAUUGUAAGUUACAAACUAAAAAGUUUCCCCGAAAAGCUACCUUUCAAUCCGGUUUUCCUCACAAUUUGAGACCAGCAGUUCUUAAGAUCUUCCACAAACAUCCAACCAUCUAAAAUGGAAAUGGAUCCUUCUACUUUUUCAAACUUGUCAUUCUAAACCAAUUAGAUGUUUUGGAGGGUGGUGGGGGUUAUGCCGCUCCUUAAAGAUUUCAGGUUGUUCUUUUUGAAACUGAAAUCUAUGCAAGAUUUCCCACUUAUCAGAUGCUUAGUGAGGAAAAAAUUUGAGUUUUAAAAAAAAAUCAGUAAACUUGAAACCACAAAUGGAUAGUAAUGACUAUACUUUGCCUUUCCAUCAUUUUCUUGUGAAUCUGCAAGACCAUUCCCCCAAAUAGGGAAAAAAACCAACCAUUUACGUGUAUUAAACAACAACAAAAUUCUAAAUAAAAGGUUUGACCAGUUCCAACAACGAAGCUUCAAAAUGAUGCUUGCUCUUACUGUUUCAAAUUUUUGCAACUCUGUAGUGUCUCACUUUUAAAGGAACAGCUUGAUUCCAAAGGCAAAGGAGAAAAUAGAUAAGCAAAGAAGUUUAAUCUUCAACUUCUCAAAGGCUUAUGACUUCUAAAAACAAGUGACUCUUUCAGCAUUCCACUUCAGAUAUAAAGCAUCAAAUGCCUGUGAAACAGCAAAGAUGGCUGAUCAUUGCUGUCAGGAAUGCUGAUUUGUUAAAUGCUGUAUCAGUUAUAUACUAGAGAUGGAAAAAAGCAGCUAAUAAAAUAGAGUCACUACAGAAGCAGGAUGCUGAAAUUUCACUGAAGUCAAUUUCAACUCAGAGUUGAUUUGUGCUGGCACUACAGUUUUUGCCUUGGAUUUGAGUUCUUGUGAACUGAGCCGAGCAAAGGGAUUCGAUGUUGGCUACUGUAACCUUUUAACCCUAAUGUAGACUUUAUUGGAAGUGUUACAGAGAGGGGGAAAGUUGACAAUUUGGGGCAACAGUUGAGCCUGUUAUACAUCUUAUCAGGCAGUAAGGUUUUGCAGUUGGAUUUUUUUUGGGGGGGGGGAGGGAAGGGGAGAGUCAUGUAGUAUGUGGAAUUACAGGAUUAUUGGUAGGAAUUGAUUGGCCAUUUAAACCCUUAAUUUUCUCUUAACACGAGAAUGGUUAGAUUGAAGUUUGGAAAAAUGGAAGACCAAUAGGGCUUGGCUAUAGGAAAACAAUUGGAAUAGGAAGAAAUUUUGUUACUAGAUGUAUAAAUGAAAAGUGAACCUUUCAGGUAGUUCACUGGUUUAUUACCAUGAAAUACAAAAAUGAAAAUUGAAUUGUUUUUUGAAGCUGCCCAACAGUGAUGAACUGGGUGAGAGCUUUUGUUUUAUUUGUUUUGUACUUAAGUUAGGGAAUCUCUUCUCACCUCACAGCUACCCUGUAAUUUGGACAUUUAGUUAAUAAAGCUAGCAGAAACAGGCAACUGCUACAAAAUAUAUCAUGGAGGGCUUUUAAAUUUUUUUUUUUUAAAGCAGUAAAGAUGUUACAUGUGACAUUCAAUUCAGCUUGUUCCCUGUUCCCUUAUGUACUUGAGAGUACAAUGUUAAUGUAAAAAGGGAAUUCAUUAGGGGUAGGAUACUUUUCUGGAACUCAGUAGUGAAACCUAAGCUUAUUUAGGAAAAAAUUUGGAUCUACAUAUCGGCUUUUGAUUUUUAUCUUUAUCAAGUUGUCUGCAACUAUGUUCUAAAUAUAUUGACAUAACUCCUAUUUAGAAGCUUAAGUAGCUACUUGGGACAGAAAUUUAUAGAUUUUGCUUAAUGAUCGAUUUUUCUGGUUCAUUCUAAAAAAAAAAAAACCACAACAGUAGCUUGCAUUAAUAUAGUGCUUUUGAGGGGGAGCACUAAUUAUUCUUUUUUUAUAUAUUAUAUAAUAGUAUUUAGGUUUCUUUUGAGUAGAUGAUCUGUGUGGUAGUAAACCGUAGAAAAAUAAGUGAGCAGAUUUAGCAGGGAGUACUAACAAGUUAAGUCUUAGUGUAUGUAGUAAAGGGUAAAGAAUUGUUGUACAACUUUGGAGAUAGGAAAUUUGGGAAAGCGGAAUCAUUACUUGGAUCCAGGUUCCCUUUUCACUGUUUGAUUUGAAAGGUCAGUCUUUGAGGGAAGUAAAGUAAAUGGGGAAUACUUGGUAAUUACCGGGUGAUCAUUUGAAACAAGACUUGGCAAUUUAUAAUAAAAACAAUGUAAUAAAUGUGACUGUGCUAUCACUAGCUGGAAUGUUUUUGUGUUCAGAGCCUUUCAUCUCACUUUAUUAAAGUGUUUAUAUUGUACAUUCUUGGUUUUAUUGAAUAAAUGUACGGUUUUCUCUGU